CUUGAUGACAAUAUCAAGUGAUUUACAAAGGUUAGGGAUUCACAAAUUGAAUAAAUCCACUGAUAAUCAAUCUGAUGACAGUGAUGAUGAAUCCAAAGCUUCCUUUGUUCGAAUGUUGGCUAAAAGUGACUUUACUCAACUAAAGGAAGAGUUAGGGAAACGUGCUGAUUUUUCAAGAACUGCAUUUGGAAAAGUGAUUGAUGCAAUUGAGGAGGAGGAGAAACGAAGAGAAGCUAUAUUGAAAUAUCAAGAACUACUGAAGCAAUUACAUGCGAAGCAUCAUAAAAUAUCCAUGGAUAAUAAAGAAGUUGAACAAAAGAUGGAAUCAAUGGAAGAUGAAAUAGAAGAAUUGAAAGAAACGAAUGAAAAUUUACAAUGGGAAUUGCAGAAAGCUAAGAAAAGAGAGGACAAAUUAAACAAACAUCUAGCUGAAGCAUUUGAGAAAAUCAGUAAAGGUAAUGGUAGCAUCCAAGGAGUAUCACCCAUGGCAUCAGGAAGUCUUCCAUUACAAAAGACAAAUGAAACCAAUCUUUCAGUUGAUGAAAAUCAAAUACUUGCUGACACUCGACUCAAAGAAUUGGAAGAAAUAAAAUCGAAACAUGCUGAAGCUUUGAAGCAAGUGGAACAGUUAAACUUGAAUGUAAAAUGUCUUCCUGAAGCAAGAAUUGUUGCAUCUUCCGAAUAUCAAACAUUGAAAGCACAAUUUUCACUUCUAUAUCAUGAAUGUGCUCAAGUCAAACAGCAAGCAGAUGAAAGCCCUCUUCUACAGCAAACCAGGAAUACUCACUUGAGACAAAUCGAACAAAUGGAGGUAGUUUUAUUGUUGACGGAACUUCAAACUCAAAAAAAUUUACGGAAUGAACUCAUUCAACUGGAAGACACCUUGGCAAAAGUUCGCCAUGAUUAUGAAAUGUUGCACAUGGAAUUUGAACAAAAUCUAGCAGCCAAUGAGCAGGCAGGACCAAUCAGUGAAAUGCGUCAUCUAAUUAAUAGCCUGCAAAAUCAUAACAGGCAAUUGAAAGGUGAAAUACAAAGAUAUAAAAGAAUGAAGGAUCUUCAAACUGAAGUGGAGAAGAUGAAAGAGGAUGCAAUCAAAAAAGAAAUAGAGUCCAGGGAAUUGAAAAUUAAAACGGAAUCUAGUGAUCCAACUGCUUUGUCACAGACAGUAAAAACAGAACCACAAGAUCCUUCUGUCAAAACAGAAGAAAGUAUGUCUCAUGAAAUUGAGAAGAAAACUAAGGAAAUCACUGAAAUGAAAUCGGAAAUUGAAUCAUUGAAUGAAAAAAUUACCAGUCAAAAUGCUCUGAUUGAAACUUAUCAAGAUACUCAAGGACAAAUAACAGCUGAACAAGCUGAUUUUCAUAUGAAGGAAAAGAAACUUCUUGCUGAAAUUCAACAACUAAAAGAUAAAGUCGAAUUAUUGGAAGAUGAAAGAGAUAAGAUAAUGAAGGAAGCAAUUUCGAGAGAGAAUGAACUUCUUUCUGCUGUCGCUGCUGCUGAAAAAGGAAAGGGAGAUGGUGGACGUGGAAGUUAUCUGAGCAAUGAAAGCCGCAGAAAAAUGAAGGUUCUUGAAGAGACAAUAGCAGAAUUACGUAAGAAUGUGGCAUCUACUAAACAAGAGGAAGAAGCAUUGUUAUCAGAGAUGGAUGUAACUGGGCAGGCAUUUGAAGAUAUGCAAGAACAAAAUAUUAGAUUGUUGCAACAACUGCGUGAAAAAGAUGACGCUAACUUCAAACUAAUGUCCGAGAGAAUAAAAGCGAAUCAGAUUCAAAAGUUACUUCAAGAAGAAAAAGGUGUUUUACAAGACCAAUCAUUGACUCUUCAUACACAGGUUGAGGCACAAAACCAGGUAGUUCGCAGAUUAGAAGAAAAAGAGAGAGCAAUGCAAACAACAAUUAUGCAAAUGGAAAAAGAAAUGUCUUUAAGAUCACAAGCUUUGGAAUUACAUAAACGAAAGGCAUUUGAAUUGUCACAAAUGAAGGAAGAUCUUCAACGAGAUCUUGGUAAGGCUCGAGAAAGAGCUAGAAUUGCUGAAGAAUCUGUUGAUAGAAAAAUUGAAACUAUUGAAGAAGAACAUUUCAAACUUAGCAGGGCACAGGAAGAUUCUGCUCAUCUGCGUAGAAAAUUAGAAAGGCAAAAAAAGAAUGAUGUCUUCUACAAUAGUGAUGAAAUAUUGUUGGAAGAAAUAAAGGAAUACAAGACCAAGCUUCGUUGUCCAUGCUGUAACGUCAAUAACAAAGAUGCAGUUUUGACAAAAUGUUUCCACGUAUUUUGUCUGAAUUGUAUAAAAACGAGAUAUGACACAAGACAGAGAAAAUGUCCCAAAUGUAAUGCUGGUUUUGGUGGGAAUGAUUUCCAUAGGAUUUACAUUGAAUGAAACGAUGACUGUGCUGACCAGUACUACUUAAUUAACCUGUGUGCGAAAAGUGAGAAAACAGGAAGAAAAAUCGAAAGGAAGAAGUUUUGACUUUUCUGACUGAUAUAUCUGACUUCAAGUUGCUUACCCACCGAUCCUCGGUCGGCCGAAAGCAGAAAAAUUAUCUGAUUUUUUCUCUGGAUGAGAAAGCUAGUAGCAAGUCAAUUUUUUCGAUUCAGUCCCUUUGACUCAACCAGAUCAGAUGAUCCGUUUUUUCUACUUUGCUGUUUUUGGUGCCUAGCAUUCCAUACCAAUAAUAGUAUGCUGCAAAUGUUGUCAUGCUAAAUUUUUUUCUCUCUUUGAAAAUUGCGACUGAGUGCUUCGUUUUUCGUCCUAUUUUUUAUUGAAGAUCGCUGUAUUUCUUGUAGGAGUAGAAUUAGGGCUGUCGCUGGAGUAUCUUGAACACUACAUAAAUAGGUCUUCUUUCUGCUGAUGUCAAUUUUUUCUAACGAAUCUAUGAUAUUACGUCAAUCAUACUUCCUAUGGCUUAAUAAAACUGAUGUUCCAGAUA